CUUCUUUCGCUCGCACACCUCGUACGAUGCCAUCAGCGAGGAGUUCGGAUGGUGUCGAUGUCUUGACCUUGACACGAUCUCUUCGCAAAGCAAGGUCCUGAUCGAUUAGUGAGUUUCUCUCGUGGAAAUAUGCGUCCAUCCUUUAUGCUGUGAAUGUAAAACAACCGUUCAGGAAUUGUAACACGACACAAAUAGCACAAGCAGUUCAGAUUCAGUAGCUGGAAAACGAAAAGCGCAUGAAGCAAAGGUGUUAUCGGAUUGGAAGCUCCAAUGUUAAUGACAAUACGGAUUAGACGCGCGGUUGGCAGGUCUACAAUGUCAACGGAGAACACAUACUUAGGGUGCCGAUUCAAUAAGAGUCAAAACAUCAACUUCUCAACGUAAAGAUGCCGACGGGUUGAAGUUCUAACUCGAAGUGAAGGAGGAGAAAGCCCAUUGUUCUCCAUCCAAAAGAGGCAGGAGGAUAGAAGGCGCCGCUGAGUCAGCCGGUGCCUGACCUUUUGUGGACAGUGAUGGUAACUGUUUGAGGAGAACAAAGAGAGAAAGAGUCAAUUGCGCCCCAUCAGGCUCAUGCGCUGGUCAUUAUUCUUUUUUAUCAUGUUUCCCGCAAGGUCAUUGCUCGGGAAUCUCGGUUCCUUUGUGUUGCAAUAUAUAACCUCCAUCCUCUCCCAUACUACUUCGUUGUCCCGCCUCACGUUUCCUCCCUAGUAUUUUCCUGUCUUUUCUCCUCUCCUCCUUUACAAUGACGGUCUCUAUAGAAAUUGUCCCAUUUACAGACACUCUAGAUAUGUAUGGUGACUCGGAUCGCUCCGUUGCGUAUUCUCUUUCAGGCCAUAUCGUAAUCUCGCUGUCAUCUGCGGGGUCCUUCUUCUCAUACGGAAGACUCUCCAGACUCUUGUUGUCGUCACUCGUUGUCACCUUCGAGGGUCAGUCCGAACUCGUCACUGAAGAAACGGGUUAUUCCGCUGUUCGUCUCUGCUCCAUAUCGCAGGAAUGCGUUCCUGGAGAGCCCGUAGAAUUGACAAGUGAGGGUCAGGAUGAGAAGUCAUAUACUUGGAACGUUGUCUUCAACCUCACCGUACCGGGUUGGCUCCCUGCUACCGGUGUGUUCGGUCAAACCACCACUGGCGAGACCGGAACACGUUAUGCUCUUCAUGCUGUCGCCAAGUUCCAAAGCCCGUCGGAUAACCUUUCCAACUCAUGGCUUUCCGCCCUUUGUCUUCCUCUUCGAUUUUCCUCUCAGGUUGCGAAAGCGCCGAGAUUCCCCAUUGUCCUGAACCGUUUCAUGAGUCCCUCACCACUUGCAUCUACAUCAUCCUCGCUCUUCCCACUAGCAAACUACUCUGUGCUUGCACAGCCAGAUAUCCCUACAAAUGAAGAUGGAGAGCCUCAUGUCCCGCCUGAAGUUCUCUCGAAGCUUCGUGUUUUGGUAUCAAUUCCCGAGUAUAUCGGAAGUGAUGAAGAGACUAUCCCGCUGAACCUUCGUCUUCGUACCGAAGACUUGUCUGAGGAUGACUGCAAGCGUUUCAGAGUGGAAGAGUUCACAGUUGAUGUCGAGCAGACCGAGCGAUACAGGACCGUACCUUUGGCUGCUUAUAAUGCUCAAUUUCCCCUGCCACCACGAAACGAGCAACCACCACACAAACCGUUGCUUGAUCCAAACCCUGUGCAAGCAAUCUACGAGCUUGGACUCUCAUCGUACCCACCACGACAAGUCCUUACCCGCGCGUUCUCCCUUCUCCCAGAAGAUGUAUCCGGCCGAUAUGUCCUCUCGGGGGAUGGUUACAUCUUCACCGACGAUGCGAACUCCUCUGAUCUCACUUGGUACUCCAUGCAAACGAACGUCCCGUUCACCAAAACACAUGAAAGGGACGAACAGGAGAACGACUGGAAGUGCAAACGGAUAUUGAAGCAAUCCAGUUCGAGUCCGUUCUUUGGAGUCAAUCAUCGACUCUACAUCACAUUGAAAUGCACCUAUGACCUUACGGAAGGCGAGAAUCCUGAACGUGCAGCUAAGCACUUAACGCUUCACAUGCCACUGCGCUUCGUUCGCACGCCUCCGCCUACACCCUCAACGUCGACGGCCUCUUCUCCAUCUCCAUCAAGCUCUUCGUUCGACCUCUCCCCUUCUGGUCUUUCCUCACCUACUAGCACAUUGGACUUCCCGGUGGCCAGUCUUCCUUACGCCAACACUCUACCUGCCUACUCUCAACUAUUCGACUACAAUGGUGAUCGAAAAAUCGAUUAUUCUAUCCCACUCCCACUGUACACCCCUCAACCCGCAGCGGACGAGAAAUGUCAAGCUGCUUCAGAACAGUUUGAGAACAUCCCUCUGCAAGAGCUUUAAUGUUAUUCUCCGCAAUAUGCGACACAUCAUCACGACGUUCCCUUGCUUUGCUUAUCGCACAACAUUAUCGUUAUCCACGCUCGACAUACCUCACGUCUAUCGCUUUCGUUUCAUGGUCCUAAAUGCAGCUUGUAUCGUCUACGUUCGUUCGGUUUCUCGCGUACAGUUUCCAUCUGCUUUGCUGCGCUUAGCGAGCGCUCCCUCUCACGUCCGUUCCCUGACUUCCACUUUCACUGCCUCUGACAUGCGCAAGCGCAUAGUCUCUCAUAUCGCUACGGCUUCCUUCGUUCGUGUGUAAUCAUACAUUCUUGUCAGAUAAUUUCCGGUGUACUAUUAGUAUCGUUUUAGCUGCUACAAAAGAGGUCGAUGCUUCUCCUGUCCCAAACUGCAGUGUAUAUCAUUUGAGCUGUAUCUUGUCCUUUAUGGUCCAAGCCUCAACUGGCCCAUCGCAAAGUGCUAUCCAAAUCUCGCAUGCUACAAAGCCAUCAAUAACAUCUUGCCCUCGUGCGUCUCCCUCCGUACAAUCCAAGGCAACAGAGUGAUCAUCUUUUGAAAUGAUCCUCCCCCCCUCAUUCAGUUGUUCGAAAAUCUUCUGUCGUUCUCCAGCAUCAACAUCAUCGAUAUAGAAUAACGACACAUGUGCCAAAGGCGGCACCGUAUCUUCCCCCAAAGCCUCCUUCAAAUUAUCCCUAAGAGCACUCAACUCUUCAGAGUGAUGCACUGAGAC